AUUGGAAACAUUGCCGCCUCUGUCCCUGUGGAGGACUUUACAAUACACGGAGGUUUGAGUCGCAUCCUAAAGGGUCGAGCAAACAUGGUGAGUCAGCGGGUGUGUGACUGGGCUCUCGGGGAAUAUAUGGCCUUCGGCUCGCUGCUCAAAGAGGGGAUCCACGUACGCCUCAGCGGACAGGAUGUGGAGAGAGGCACGUUCAGCCAUCGACACCACGUUCUCCACGACCAGAACGUUGAUAAGCGGAUCUGCAUCCCGAUGAACUUCGUUUCCCCCGAUCAGGCGCCGUACACCGUCUGCAACAGCUCGCUGUCCGAGUACGGUGUGCUGGGGUUUGAGUUGGGUUUCGCCAUGGCCAGUCCCAACGCGCUGGUGCUGUGGGAGGCCCAGUUCGGAGACUUUCACAACACGGCUCAGUGCAUCAUCGACCA